AUGAUGCUCAAUAUAAUAUCAUAUUAAAAAGUUCCUAGAAGGGGGAAUGCUAUAAGUUAUAUUAUUAAUUAAUAUAGUUAAUGUAACAAUAAUGGAUAGUGUAUGAGCAAUUAAAUACUUUUUUGUUAAUGUAAUUAAGGCUAUUUAGAUAGUACUUGCUAAUUAUAAAGUACUGUAAUUAAUGCUCCAAGUUUAAUUUAGGUAGAAAACUUUAUUAUUAUAGUUUGAAAUUAAAUAAAAGUCUUUUAAAAAUAUUCUAACAAUUCCUUUGAAUGAUAAAUCAACUUCUUUAUAAAUUGAAGUAAACUCAAAUGCAACAAUAAUUACAUAUCUUGGAUGUUUACUUGAUUAAGAUUUUAUCCCAUUUUAUGAAAGCAAUUCCUUUUUACAAAAUGAGAUUUCAACAGGAAUGUUAAAAUUUUCUAAAGACGAAAUUAAAUAAUGUUAAGAUAAUAAAAAUCAAAUGGAAUCAAUGUUAGGAUAUAAAUUGGAUAAUUAUAUGAUAUUUUUAUUAGUAAACGAUUAAAAUUAAAAGGCUUAAGUAGAAUUAAAACUAUAAAUAAUGAUCGAUGAGGAUAAGGGUUCUGGGUUAGAAAUAUAUUAUAUUCUAGCUGGUGCUAUAGGUUCUCUUAUUUUUGCAUUAUUAUUAAUCUUAUGUGUUAUAUAUUUGUAAAGAAAAGCAAGAAAAAUAAAUAUUGGAACUUAAAACAAUUAAAAUUUAAGAUUAAAUUCAUUAAAAGAGAUUAUUAAUAGAAAUUUAAAAUAAGAUUAAAUUCCAGUAGAAUUAUAUGAAUAAAUUAUUCAAGAAUAUCCAGGAUUAAUUGAAAUUUCUGAUUGUCAAAUUUGUCUUGUAGAAUUUUAGAAACAAGAUUUAGUUAAAUUAACAUAUUGUUUGCAUUUAUUUCAUUCUAUAUGUAUAGAUGAAUGGAGAAAAAGAAAUCAAGUAAAAAAAUUGAUAAAUUAUUAUUAUAGACAUGUCCAUUUUGUAGAGAGGAUUUAACUAAGCAAAAAUGCAUAUAAUAAAGACAUGAAGAAUAAAUUUAUUAGUUGGGAGUGAUAUCAGGGGAAGCUAUGUAAAUAGAUGAACAAAAAUUAGCUGAAUUUUAAAGACGAGAAUAAAGAUUGAAAUAAUAAUAAUGUAAUUUUUAUUUUUAAACUUUAUUAGAGACCUCCUCUCCUGAUUCUGCUAAUGGAUUAUAGUUGAAAGAAAGUACUCCGUCGCCAUUUUUAAAAAAAGAUUUAAUAAAUUAGUAGCUUUGUUUAUAAAUAAAAAAAUGA